CCCACCCGUCUGCAGCCACUCCCCGUCUCCAUCCUCAAGCUCGAGAGGGCCACGUGACACUCCCGGGACCAGUCACGUGAGGCUCGGAUCCUGGGUGGGAGGGGGGUUGGCAGAGGGGUCCAGAGUGGCAGUAAAGGAGGAAGAUGGCGGGAUGCAGGGGGUCCCUGUGCUGCUGCUGCAGGUGGUGCUGCUGCUGCGGUGACCGUGAGACCCGCACGCCGGAGGAGCUGACCAUCCUUGGAGAAACACAGGAGGAGGAGGAUGAGAUCCUUCCAAGAAAAGACUAUGAGAGUUUGGAUUACGAUCGCUGUAUCAAUGACCCUUAUCUGGAAGUUUUGGAGACUAUGGAUAAUAAGAAAGGUCGCAGGUAUGAGGCAGUCAAGUGGAUGAUGGUGUUUGCCAUUGGAGUCUGCACCGGCCUGGUGGGCCUCUUCGUGGACUUCUUUGCUCGGCUCUUCACGCAGCUCAAGUUCGGAGUGGUGCAGGCGUCGGUGGAGGAGUGCAGCCAGAAAGGCUGUCUCGCGCUGUCCCUCCUGGAGCUCUUGGGUUUCAACUUGACCUUUGUCUUCUUUGCAAGCCUUCUUGUCCUAAUUGAGCCAGUGGCAGCUGGUUCUGGGAUUCCUGAGAUCAAAUGCUAUCUGAAUGGCGUGAAAGUGCCUGGAAUCGUGCGUCUCCGGACCCUGCUCUGCAAAGUCUUUGGAGUGCUGUUCAGUGUGGCUGGAGGGCUCUUUGUGGGGAAAGAAGGCCCCAUGAUCCACAGUGGCGCAGUGGUGGGGGCUGGCCUCCCACAGUUUCAGAGCAUCUCCUUACGAAAGAUCCAGUUUAACUUCCCCUAUUUUCGAAGUGACAGAGACAAGCGGGACUUUGUAUCAGCAGGGGCAGCCGCCGGAGUUGCUGCGGCUUUUGGGGCCCCCAUUGGGGGCACCCUGUUCAGUCUGGAGGAGGGUUCGUCCUUCUGGAACCAAGGGCUCACAUGGAGAGUGCUCUUCUGCUCCAUGUCUGCCACCUUCACCCUCAACUUCUUUCGUUCUGGAAUUCAGUUUGGAAGUUGGGGUUCCUUCCAGCUCCCUGGGCUGCUGAACUUCGGCGAGUUUAAGUGCUCUGACUCUGAUAAAAAAUGUCACCUCUGGACAGCUAUGGACUUGGGUUUCUUCAUCGCGAUGGGGGUCAUUGGGGGCCUCCUAGGAGCCACGUUCAACUGUCUGAACAAGAGGCUUGCAAAGUACCGUAUGCGAAACGUGCACCCGAAACCUAAGCUCGUCAGAGUCUUGGAGAGCCUCUUGGUGUCCCUGGUGACCACGGUGGUGGUGUUUGUGGCCUCCAUGGUGUUGGGAGAAUGCCGCCAGGUGACUUCUGCGGCUCAAGUUGGGAAUGACUCCAUCCCACUCCAGGUCACAUCAGAAGAUGUGAAUUCAAGUAUCAAGACCUUUUUUUGUCCCAACGAGACCUACAAUGACAUGGCCACCCUCUUCUUCAAUCCCCAGGAGUCUGCCAUCCUUCAGCUUUUCCACCAGGAUAGUACGUUUAGCCCCGUCACUUUGGCCUUGUUCUUCAUCCUGUAUUUCUCACUUGCAUGUUGGACUUACGGCAUCUCUGUUCCGAGUGGCCUUUUCGUGCCUUCUCUGCUGUGUGGAGCUGCUUUUGGACGUUUAGUUGCCAAUGUCCUCAAAAGCUACAUUGGAUUGGGCCAUAUCUACUCGGGGACCUUUGCCCUGAUUGGUGCUGCGGCUUUCUUGGGUGGGGUUGUCCGCAUGACCAUCAGUCUCACGGUCAUCCUGAUUGAGUCUACCAACGAGAUCACUUACGGCCUUCCCAUUAUGAUCACCCUGAUGGUGGCCAAAUGGACAGGGGACUUUUUCAAUAAAGGCAUUUAUGACAUCCACGUGGGCCUGCGAGGCGUGCCGCUGCUAGAAUGGGAGACAGAGGUGGAAAUGGACAAACUGCGAGCCAGUGACAUCAUGGAGCCCAACCUGACCUACGUCUACCCGCACACCCGCAUCCAGUCCCUGGUCAGCAUCCUCCGCACCACUGUCCACCACGCCUUCCCGGUGGUCACGGAGAACCGGGGCAACGAGAGGGAGUUCAUGAAGGGCAAUCAGCUCAUCAGUAACAACAUCAAGUUCAAGAAGUCUAGCAUCCUCACCCGCGCCGGCGAGCAGCGCCGGCGAAGCCAGUCCAUGAAGUCCUACCCGUCCAGCGAGCUGCGCAACAUGUGCGACGAGCACGUGACCUCCGAGGAGCCGGGCGAGAAGGAGGACCUCCUGCAGCAGAUGCUGGAGCGGAGAUACACCCCCUACCCCAACCUAUACCCUGACCAGUCCCCGAGCGAAGACUGGACCAUGGAGGAACGCUUCCGGCCGCUGACCUUCCACGGCCUGAUCCUGCGCUCACAGCUCGUCACCCUGCUCGUCCGAGGAGUCUGUUACUCUGAAAGCCAGUCGAGCGCCAACCAGCCACGCCUCUCCUACGCUGAGAUGGCCGAGGAUUACCCGAGGUACCCCGACAUCCACGACCUGGACCUGACCCUGCUGAACCCGCGCAUGAUUGUGGACGUCACCCCAUACAUGAACCCCGCACCCUUCACUGUUUCACCCAACACCCACGUCUCCCAAGUGUUCAACCUGUUCAGGACGAUGGGCCUGCGACAUCUGCCAGUGGUGAACGCAGUGGGCGAGAUCGUGGGGGUCAUCACACGACACAACCUGACGCAUGAGUUUCUUCAGGCCCGGCUGCGGCAGCACUACCAGACCCUCUGACGACCGGGCUCCGCCUCAUCGCCGCAUGGCGGCUGUCCUCGCGGAAGCCGCCUUGGGGGGCAGCAGCUCGGGCUCCGCCACCACGGCUGGCUGGACUGUUCCCGGGCACGGAAGAUCCCCAGUCACCCACUCGCUUGGAAAGCCUACAGUCAUCAAACACUUUGCCGUCAGAGAUCUGGGGGUGGUAUGGGACCAUCAGAGCCUGGACUUGUCUGACUGCUCAGCAAGUAUCUUCCCGUUUUCUGCUCCCUGCGUUCCUCCAUCCAGUGCCGACCCAGGCCCCAGCCCCCCUCCCCGCUAGCACCAGGACCAGAGGGGAGUCAGGCCUCUCCUGCUGAAGGGUGACCCUCAGAGCAGGUGACCAGCCUCCUCUUUGCCACUUUCCUAGGGAACCCAGCUGUUGCCUUAAAGCAUCAUGGGAGGGGCUUUGACCAAGGCAAACACUGGGGUGGGGGGAGAUAUGCCAGUUGCAGAGUUCAGCGAAUGAGGAAUUGGGCCCUGAGAAAACCACCCACGUUUCAGAGAGCACCCCCCCACACACCUCAUUGGGACUCAAGUUGACACCUUCACUAGUUCAUUUUAAGGGAAGUUCUUCUGGGUGUAAGGUGGGGCCCCUGUGGUGUGAACCUCCCUGGAACCACCAGCUCCAGAAGCACAAAGUGUUCAAAUCUUGCUCGUGGUCUCUGAACUUUAUGAUAAAGCUGACGACAGGGUCAGAUUUCCACCUGUCCCAGCUUCAAGCAUUUCGGCUUUCUCUCUAAUUUCCCGAUUACCCAAUGGUCUCCUUGUGCCACGUUUUCACCCCGGUCCUUCUCCUCUCCGUCAAAUUACUAAACAUCCCUCAAGUUCUACCUGCCUUUUUUGUGGUGAAGCAGCCACAGCCCAGAGGACCUUGCAUCACCCCUAAAAGCAGGGCUCCCUUAGAUAAAACUGCUUCACUUGACCCUGGGGAACAGUGCCGUUAUUCAUAAGAUGGGAGGGAGUGAAUCCUGAACCAGGAAUGCAGACAGGUCCGUGAUGUGGCUGAGAAAGCGAGUGUGACCGCACAGCACGUGUUCAUUCGAGGAAGCGGGUGUCUUCCCUUCAUAAGCAUCUCACAUCCGCCUGCUGCUGGCCGUCCCCACCCUCCCGAGGGGCUCAGCAGCGGCAACCUCAGGAGGGGUUAGCAGUGGGUAGAGGGAGGUGCUUCCUGCCAGCUCACGCCCCAAGGUUUUAGCGUCAGACAUAGGAAGCCUCCCUCUCUCUUUCUGUGACUCAGUUUCCCUCCUGGCUGUUUGAUCAUCUCUGAACAGGCACCCAGAGUGAGCAUCUGGGUGUCAGGCAUUUGCAUUUACUUUCCUCUUUGUUCUCUCUACAUUCAGCAGCAUCUUUUUUUUUAAUUGGAAGAUAAUUGCUUUAUAAUGUUGUGUUGGUCCCUGCCGUACAACAGCUCAAAUCAGUCAUAAUUAUAUACAUAUACAUACAGUCCCCUCUCUGGAGCCUCCCUCCCUCCCAUCCCAUUAGACAGCCCCACAGCAGAUGUGCUUAAAGACUCAAGAUGGCAUUUGUUUGCAUUUAGUUAGUUGUUCCCAUUUUUUUUAAUCAUGGAAGUUGCCAGAGGGCAUCAGUGCCAGGCCCCAGCGAGGCUCUUCUCUCCCCUGAGCCUCCCAGCUUUGUUGCCAAGAUGAGUUCAGCCUGGGGACGAGUACCCGCCCUGCUUUGCCAGUUCUGGUCUUGUGCUCCACGCACUCUAGGGAACAACACCUGCACCCAGGGGUUGUUUCCACUUCAUCCCCGGUGACUAGGGCCCCUCUGUUCUUCCCAUUUUCUCAUCUCUUUGAUCAACAUGACUUUGACAUACAUUUUUUUACUCCCUUGGGUGCACUUGACUUAUGAAACACAGAUGAACGUUCUAGUAAAUAAUUGAGGAACUCACCAGGACCAAAAGAGCAAGCCCUCCUAAGUGUGAUGGUGUUCAGCCAGCUGCCACUGUUCUCAGGCAGCAUCCGGAACUGGAACCCGCUCCCCUCUUGCUGCCGCUCUCCCCUUCCUGAAAUCGGCAGGACUGAGGUCCUCCCACCUUCAGGGGGCGGGGUCACACUGCUGGCCCAGAGGCCGCCGUGGGUGAGUGUUGUUGAAAUUUAUCCCUCCCGCACACUAUGUUGUGUUUAAGUCACCUGAUAUUUUGUUCCCAUCCGUGCAGCCCAGAGAUAGACGGCAGAAUGCAGACACCUCCCUCCCCCUGAACAGAUGCAUCAGACCCAAACCCAGCCCCUGGAAUGGCACAUCGUUUUCUGUCCUCUUCUGGCGUCUGCCCUUUCCAGACAAGCCCAAAGACUGGCACAGCUCCACUUGUAACACAGUUAACUGUCAGCCUCAUUCCUUUGAUUUCUGUUAGUUAGAAACCCUCAUUUUAACAUCUUGCCUGUUUCCAGUACGGUCACCUCCCAGGGAUGUGGCCCCUUAAUAGAUUCUCAGGGGCCAAGCCUGGGAUUGGCUAGAGGUGGUUUCAUGUUUCCCCCGCCGAGGUGACGGGAGGGAGCAAGCCCCACCCAACUGAGGGAUCUUUCUUCUCUGGGAAAUAACUGCUCAUGACCACAGAGGAUGAGAUGGUCGGAUGGCAUCACCAAUUCAAUGGACAUGCAUCUGAGCAAACUCUGGGAGAUCGUGAAGGACAGGGGAGCCUGGUGUGCUGCAGUCCAUGGCGGCAUAAAGAGUCAAGACACGACUCAGCGACUGAACAAUAAAAACAGCUACGUUUCAUUAACGGUUCCUGGCUGGAAUGGACACUUGCUUGCUUGACCCAGCUGACCAUAUGACAUUUCUGAUGCAAAGUCAUGCACUGACAAGGCCCUCGGGGAUGAAAAGGCCUACAGGAAGGCCAGCAGCACCCUGGCGGCCCCACAGUAUUGAUGUUCAGUGUUACACCACAGCUGGUGGACCUUGGUCAUCUCAUCGGUAGCAGCUUCCUUCUUUCCGUUUGCACUGUUUGAUUAUACAGUAAUGUUAGCUAAUUCUAUGGUGUAUAUAAAAUUGUAUUUUCUUUUAAUUUGUAAAGUUCUGUUUUCAUUUGAACUCUUGGAACUUGGAGGUUCUCAUCGUAACGGUAACCUGUCAAUAAAACAUCUCCAUCCGUCUCCAUCA